GCGUUGAGAUCAAGUCUUCAGUAGCGUUAAAUCAGUAGAUCGCGCUGUAAUCCUGGAUGUGAUAGCUCAUCUGUCAACCUGUGCAGAAGGGAACUAUCCCCUCAGUCGUGAUUUCUGCUUUGGGUAAGUGACAAAAUCUCGCUACAUUGGAUGAAGAGGCCUUGAAUAUAACGACGCAUCGCUGCCAAACGAAUCCAAAGAGGAAAGAGCGAUAAAACAGCAUUAUUAACGCACAUUAUUCGCCUUUGCGCCGCGGAUUUUGUUGGCGUUUCCAUGGACACAUCACGUUGAUGCGCAGAUUCUAAAGACCCUUAGUGCAGUGAUAUCUGAAUUAAAGUUAUAUAUAUAUUUUUUUCAUUGUGUAUUCUUAGAUAGAAUGUGUUGAUGAUCUUCUCUUAGGACCCGAGAAGGAUUGUGCUUGCUAGCUGGAUCCCACUGACUAAUCAAUGGAAAUAACUAAGCUCUUUUAGAUUCGUUAAAGAUUAAUUAAAUACCUUAUUCUCGAAUCGUCAAGGUCAAUAACCAUUACCACAGCCAAGUGCUCUAGCAGACAACAGGCCUAUCUGGUCUUUCACCUGUAUGUCCAGACUAUUACAGGUCAGCCCAGGUCUGAUCCAGGAUUCAGGUCAGGGUUCUCCAUCGUUCCGGCUUUUUCCUCAAACUCACCCAGUCCAUAGACGUGCUCCCACACAGUUGCCACCAUUCGCCCCUCUCUCGCCACAGCAGUUCUCCCGUCCAGGCCCCGCUCCGGCCCGGCGUCAGGCAUGGCGCCUCAGGGGCGGGAUCACCUGGCCACACGGGAGUCUGCAGGCCGUAGACGGAGCCCAAAUGUGCGGCACACGCUCAGCCCGGAGAAUCUUCGGAGCUUAGCCGAGCGUGGUGGAGCCGAGCAGGCUGGAGUUGGACUCCCCAGAGCCAACAGCGAUACGGACCUGGUCAGUUCUCAAGGGCGAUCCUCACUCACAGCUUCUACUUUAGAGUUCACUCUGGGCCGGGGCCAGAACUUGGUCAUCACAUGGGAUAUCAAGGAAGAGGUGGAUGCUACAGACUGGAUUGGCAUGUACCACAUAGAUGAGACCUGUCCAUCAAAUAUGUGGGAUUGCAAGAACCGUGGGGUUAACGGUACACAGUGUGGUCAGAUUUUCUGGAGGCUGGAGGCAGGGCCAUACUUCCUCGAAGCUGAGACAAGGAUCUGUUUUAAGUACUAUCAUGGAGUAAGCGGUGCGCUGAGAGCCACAACUCCCUGCAUCACAGUCAAGAACCCCAGAGCCUCGGUCGACGGUCAAGGUGAAGGACAGCAAGCUUCAGACAGCAGCCGAAAAUUGGUCAGCUUUACUCUAUCAGAUAUCCGGGCUGUGGGGCUGAAGAAGGGGAUGUUUUUUAAUCCAGACCCUUAUUUGAAGAUGAGCAUUCAUCCUGGCAAGAGAAGUUGCUUUCCGACAUUUUCUCAUCAUGGCCAAGAGAGACGAUCUGGCAUUACAACUAACACUACUAAUCCUGUGUGGCAUGGAGAGAAACACACUUUUGUGGCUCUUAUGACAGACGUCUUAGUGGUUGAGGUUAAAGACAAGUUUGCUAAAAGUCGACCAAUUAUUAAACGCUUUCUGGGUCAACUGAACAUUCCGGUGCAGAUGCUGCUGGAGAGACACGCAUCAGGGAACCAAUCACUGAGCUUCUCUCUAUGUCGUCGUUUGCCCACUGAUCAUGUGAGCGGUCAAAUGCACUUUAAAGUGGAUGUUACAUCCAUGGGCCAAGAUGACAUUUCUCCUGAGACGAUUCUGGGGGCAACAGCCCUCAAUGGAGCUCCUGGAACCCCUUCAGAUGAUGAAGAGCUGCCCCAUCCUCUCCCUGUCCCAUCAGCAGGCCCUUCCCCCACCGGCUCCCUGGGUUCCCAUAGAAAUGGGGAAGGGAGCAGCAUUCGCUCCCCAGACACAGAGAUGUAUGGUACCACCCUGGACGAUGAAACCCCUUCUUCACCUGACCUGCUCCAGGUUUCUUUCAGUGAGCAGCUUGAUGCCAUUGAUGCACCUAAGGGCCCGGGAGACAGGCCUUUUGGGGCAGCUUCUCCCAAACUACGAUCCAGCUUUCCCACACAUACGCGCCUCAGCGCUAUGUUGCAUAUUGACUCAGAUGAAGAUGAGGAAAGGUCCACUGCUACAGAGGCUACGCUGCCUACAUUUAAUGGUGCUUCAAGGACUCAAAACACCCCCCCAAAACCACCAAUUACAGAACCUGUGUUUGAAAGAACUGUAGAGGAACCUCCAGAAGAGGCUGGCCUGGAGUCUGAAAUAGAGACUCUGAAUAUAUGCGCAGAGGUGGCUCCUGAGCCAGAAGUCGUGCCGAGUUCAGUGGCCCCUGAGGUGGAAACUGCCAGUCUCAUAGAGAGGCAAGAGGAAGAGGAGGAGGACGUGGAGGAAGAGGGGCUGGCACCCAGUGAGGAGCUGGCAACUGAAGUUGAUAUCUCUUCAAUGGCAUCUGACUGCUGCCCGGGCCUUGUGUCUGCUUCUCAGGAGGCAGAACAGGGGGCAGAGGCAGCCAUUGACCCAGGGGGAGAUGAUCUUUCAGAUGACCCACCCACAACUUAUGAGGUUGCUGAAGAAACCGUUCCAAACAAUGAGCUAGAGAGGUACGCCCCAAAACCAGAACCAUCAGCCAACAAGGAAGAGGAAUGUGAAGAUGUGACUGAGGACACAAUGUCCAGAAGAUGGAGCCUGGAGGCGACAGCCGGUGUGUCACAGGAGGAUGAAGAAGAAGAGGAGUUAAUGCCAUCAGUAGAUGGAGAAUCUGUGGACUCCGAGACCUUCAUUACGGAGACAGAAUCAGAAUUAGGUGUCCCUCAGAUCAACGGAGAUCAGCGUGUUCAUUCUCUGCCGUCUGUAAGACAAGACAUCCACCGAUACCAGCGUGUGGACGAGCCCUUACCUCCCAACUGGGAGGCUCGUAUUGACAGUCAUGGCCGUAUCUUCUUUGUGGAUCAUGUGAACCGCACCACCACAUGGCAGAGACCCACUGGCCCACCUGCUCCUCAGGGUCUGACCCGCUCCAGCUCCAUACUGCAGAUGGAGCAACUCAACCGCAGGUAUCAGAGUAUUCGUAGAACAAUGACCAGUGAAAGGUCUGAGGAACAAAGAGUGGAUGAUCCUCCUUCUGAAGAGACCGAACUGCUGCCCCACUCCAUCGGUGAAUACCGAAGGGACGGCUUUAUGGGUCAAGCCAACUCACGUUCUCGUCUGGCUUUGCUGCUUCAGUCUCCUGGUGCAAAGUUCCUCUCCAGUCCAGACUUCUUCUCUGUUCUGCAUUCUAAUACUAGUGCCUAUCGCAUGUUCACAAGUAAUACGUGUCUGAAGCACAUGAUCAGUAAAGUUCGACGGGACGUCCAACACUUCGAACGGUACCAGCACAACCGGGACCUUGUCAACUUCCUCAAUCUGUUCUCCAACAAGCAGCUGGAGCUGCCACGGGGCUGGGAGAUGAAACACGACCACACUGAGAAGCCCUUCUUUGUGGAUCAUAACUGUCGUGCCACAACAUUUAUUGACCCACGGCUGCCCUUACAGAACUCCCGGUCCAGCGGCCUGCUGGCUCACCGACAGCACCUGACCCGCCAGCGCAGCCACAGUGCAGGAGAGGUAGCAGAUGACUCUCGCUCUCCGAGUCCUCCUGUCCAGGGCCGGUCGUCAAGAAACAGUCAGUAUCAGGACUUGGUGCCUGUCGCUUAUAAUGAGAAGAUUGUCGCAUUUCUGAGACAGCCCAACAUUUUUGAGAUUCUGCAAGAAAGACAGCCAGAGCUCGUGAGAAACCACUCCCUUAGAGAGAAGGUUCAGUUCAUCCGCAAUGAGGGGCCAACUGGGUUGGCCCGUCUGUCCAGUGAUGCAGACCUAGUUAUGUUGCUCAGCCUGUUUGAAGAGGAAGUGAUGUCUUAUGUGCCGCCCAAUGCCUUACUGCUCUCCAGCUACUGUCAUGCCUCCCCACAGAGCUCCCCUGGAACUCCACGAGCCAGUGCUCGAGCCCCUGCACCCUACAAGCGGGAUUUUGAGGCCAAACUAAGAAGCUUUUACCGCAAAAUGGAAACCAAGGGCUACGGGCAGGGGCCGGGAAAAGUGAAGUUAAUAAUUAGAAGAGCCCACCUGCUGGAGGACGCUUUCAACCAGAUCAUGUGUUAUUCUCGCAAAGACCUCCAGAGAAGCAGGCUUUACGUCAGCUUUAUUGGAGAAGAAGGGCUGGACUAUAGUGGUCCAUCCAGAGAGUUCUUCUUCCUGGUCUCCCGUGAGCUCUUUAACCCAUACUAUGGACUGUUUGAAUACUCAGCUAAUGACACUUACACUGUGCAGAUCAGCCCCAUGUCAGCCUUUGUGGACAGCCAUCAUGAAUGGUUCCGGUUCAGCGGACGCAUCCUGGGGCUUGCUCUAAUUCAUCAGUAUCUGUUGGAUGCAUUCUUCACCCGACCCUUCUACAAAGGCCUUCUUCGCAUUCCAUGUGAUUUGAGUGAUCUAGAGUUUUUGGAUGAGGAGUUCCAUCAGAGUCUCCAGUGGAUGAAGGACAAUGACAUUGAGGAUAUGCUAGACCUCACCUUUACUGUCAAUGAGGAGGUGUUUGGACAGAUUACAGAGCGUGAGCUGAAGCCGGGUGGGUCUGGCAUCCCUGUGUCAGACAAGAACAAGAAAGAAUACAUUGAACGCAUGGUGAAGUGGCGGAUUGAGAGAGGUGUGGCCCAGCAGACAGAGAGUCUCGUGAGAGGAUUCUAUGAGGUGGUGGACGUCCGUCUCGUCUCCGUGUUUGAUGCCCGAGAGCUGGAGCUGGUCAUUGCUGGGACAGCGGAGAUUGACCUAGCCGAUUGGAGAAGCAAUACAGAAUACAGAGGAGGUUACCAUGAUAACCACAUAGUGAUUCGAUGGUUCUGGGCUGCAGUGGAGCGUUUCAACAACGAACAGAGACUACGACUCCUUCAGUUUGUUACAGGCACUUCCAGCAUUCCCUAUGAGGGUUUUGCCUCUCUGCGGGGCAGCAAUGGCCCACGUCGAUUCUGUGUGGAGAAAUGGGGCAAAGUGUCCUCCCUCCCACGGGCUCACACCUGCUUUAACCGCCUGGAUCUCCCUCCCUACCCCUCCUUCUCCAUGCUCUACGAGAAGAUGCUCACUGCUGUGGAGGAGACCAGCACCUUUGGUCUGGAGUGAGCUCCCAUCACAGCAAAAGUGCUACUGAUUUUUUUUUCUUUCCCAGUUCUCCACAACCUGGCUUACCAUGCAGGCUUCAUUCUCAUCCCUCACUCUUCCCUACGACCUUGGUAACCGGACACUUAUAUAAUUGUUUUGUCAAAGUCUACGGAACUGGAAUAUAUGCCAUCAAAUGACUCACUGGGCAUGUGCCAACUCCUGCUCUAUAUUGUAUGGAAUCAAAAUCCUGUGAUAACUGCAUUCAAUUCCUCACACAAAAACAGACUUAUACAGUCACAGAAAUCAGAGCUGGAGUCUUGAUCAUCUGGUUUUGUUUUUUCUGUCUGGACCAGUACAUUGAUCUACGCUGUAGGGUUUUGCCUUUUGUUCUUGAAUGAGCUGCGUUUUUAAGUCCAAAGAUGUUUCAUUACAGUAAUGUAGUCACUCUAUUUCAUAUCUGUAGGGUUUGAAGGAACAAACCUGUGGUAGUUUUUGCUGCAGGGCUUUGUCAUGGCAAUAUGAUGUCAGUUAAGACCAACUUUUUUGGUUUCAGAGGUUUCACUUCGGCGGUCUUGGUUUUGAGGGGUCUGACCUAAAUGAUAUUGAUCUGGGCUGCAGCUCUGAAAACACAACUUUUUUUCCCAUCUUUUAAGAGAAUGAAAACACACAAAACAGCAUGCACACUCUUUUAUAGAGAUUCUUGCACCAAAUGUAGUGGUUGUAGAAUAGCAACCUGAACGUCCUAGGUUCAAACCGUGAGCUAGAAAUUUCCUCUAUCACCUCUUGUGCCCUUGAGCAAGACAUUUAUCAGCAGACUGUUCCAGGGGACUGUAAAUGUAGUAAUUCACUCUGGUUGGUCGACACUGAUUAACUAACAAACACCAACACUUAGUACUUUGUUACAUGCACACAUUUUUAAAUCCACUUCAACCUUUUAUGCAACCCACAAAUGUUACUAAAAACUAUGAAUGUAUAAACACUGAUCACCAUGUGCAAUAUGUGCUACAGAUUUUUGUGUAUCAGGAAAGGUAGAUUUGUUCUUAGAGUCCAUCAUAAGGAGACCUAUUGCUCUAAACUGUCGAGACACACAAACAGUGGCCUUGAAAUUGUCUUUAUUAAAAUUUAUAGUUGGGUAUAGUUAAUAACAUGGUGAUGUGUGCAGUCCACUGGAGUAACUUAAAACCAGGGCUGCAGUGGUUAAAAAACCAGUAAAA